AUGGAGAUAGUGAACCUGUUGAUCCAACAUGGUGCUGAUGUGGGGGCUAGGACCACGUGUAGCAGGACGGCACUCCAUUGGGCCAGCAUUAACGGGCACACUAGGAUAGCCGAGCUGCUAAUUCAACAUGGCGCUUAUGCGGAGGCGAUGGACAAGAAUCUGGCUGCAGAGGUUUCCUACCACAAACUGAUGAAACAGUCCGGUGGGGUGAAAGUCGACAGGUUUAAACUGUGCAUCUGUGGACCACAGGAAGUUGGCAAGUCUACGCUGAAGGAAAGUCUUCAAACGGGACCUUUUGCCGCCAUCUUCCGGGAUCGAAAGACUCCAGACCACCAGUCACACGAGCCCACCCCUGGUGCGAAUGUGGGAACAACCAGCAUCCCCGGUGUGGGGGAGGUCAGUGUGUGGGACUUCGCUGGACAGUCGGAGUACGCGGUCACCCACAGCAUGUUCAUGGAUGCAGAGAACACCGUCUUCAUUGUGAUGUACAACAUCAUGGACGACAUGAAAAAACAAAAGAGAGAGGUCCACUGGUGGUUGUGCUUCAUCAAGUCCUGCAACACAGCGACUAUGCCUAACGUCAUCCUCGUCGCCAGUCAUGCGGACCAGACUGACUCAGGGUAUCAAACUGCAUCUCCGAUCCUUAAGAUUAUGACAGCCGAGUUCAAGGACUGCCUAACCAUCUCAGACGAAGUGUUCCUUCUUGACUGCAGAAAGACUCGUCAAACUGACAUAAGGCGCCUUAAGGACCUUCUGACACAACUAAAGAUACAGCUUCUAGCAAAUCAGCGAGACAUGCCCAAGCUGUGUACUAAGAUCAUGAAGUCAGUACCAAAAUGGGUCAAGAAGAAGUGCAGCCCAAAGUGUCCUGUCAUGGGAUGGACGGAGUACAAUAAGGCAGUGAAGGAGAUCGACCGCUUUAUCUUGUUCGUCCCCCCACCGAACGCUGACCCCAUCAUUGUCCUGGAGCCAAACUGGCUCUGCACGGAUGUCUUCGGGAAAGUGAUGGCGCCGGAGAACUUCCCAGUCCACUUGAGAACAAGCGAGGACAUCGUCACUAAAAAGGACAUCCAGGAAGUGUUCCAGGAUGUCGCCGAUGUAGAUCUAGUGAUCACCCUGCUGCAAGAGUUUCAGCUCUGCCACACCUUUGAUGGACAGGAGUUCAUCAUCCCCGGGCUGCUGACACAGACCAUGCCUCCAGAGAAGUGGCAGCCGACCGCAAACCCCGCCAAUACCGUGUACUUCGGCAAGCAAGUCCAGUGUGCCGACACCACCGACAUGUUCUCCUCCGGGUUCUUCCCCCGUGUGCAGACCCGCCUGAUGAGGCAGUUGAAGAAUCGCCCGCUGCUGUGGAGAGACGGGGCCAAGUGUUUCGACUGUAACGUGGAAAGUCUCAUCAAGCUGUCCCCAGACGGCCGUGCGGUCAACAUCUGUGUGCGGAGCGAGCAGGCCGACAAGCCGAGCUGCCGUCAGAUGCUCGAGCAGAUAGAGAACAUCAUCAACAACGUGCUCGACGAGUGCAGCCCAGGCACCACUACAGAGGAGAGGGUGCUCAGCGCUCGUGCACUGAGGGAACACAGAGACGAAUUCUUCUCCUACAGCAUGGAUCAGAUCAACAAGGCCAAAGCAGAGGACGGCAUCGUCUAUCACGACAUCCUUGGCUUCUCAGAAGAGAUCGAUGGCCUCCUGUGUGGCGGGAGAGACGACGAGGAAGAGGAGCAAGGAGCUGUUGGAAACCGGUACCAUGAGCCCGAGGUGGGCAGGAUUCGUAACACCAUCAUCAACGCAGGUGAUGGUACGGUCAUCAACAUGUAUGAAGGUGCAUUUGGACAACUGGAGCUGGAGGACAACGUGUCUGAGUCUAGCCCAGAUUGGAUUCCAUUAGGAGAAAUUUGA